AUGGCGUCGCCAAUGGAAGACGAUGUCUUCGCCCGGCUCCAGAACAAGACGGACGCGGCCGAGGUGCAGCGCCAGCAGGACGAGCUCACCUCGCGCGUGCAUGCGCAGCACCAGAAGUCGCAGGAGCGCCUGGCCGAGCUGGUCGAGGACAACACGUCGCUGCCCGUGACCAUCUCGUCGGUCCGCAUCCUGCACGCCAACCGCACGCGCCGCGGCUUCCUCGAGCGCGUCGUCAACCCCAUCCUGACCGCCAACCGCGCCGACCCGUACACGCUCGAAGAGGCGCUGGGCGCGGUCGGCACCGCCACGGACAAGCUGAACCGCUUCGGCAUCUUCAAGCCGCCGCUCUCCGUCUUCCUCGACCGCCCGGAGGCCAGCAAUGCCUCGUCGUCGCCCACCGACGUCGACGUGUACAUCUCCGCCCACGAGCGCGGCAACUACACCAUCAAGACGGGCACCGAGGCCGGCGCCUCCGAGGCCGACGCCUACGUCAAUGCGGAGCUGCGCAACCUGUUCGGCGGCGCCGAGACGCUCAACGCACACGGCUCGCUGGGCACCCGCACCCGCUCCGCCUACUCGCUCGCCUUCGACACCCCCGUCCUGAGCAGCCCCGACCUGAAGCUGCAGGUCAACGGCUUCGCGAGCUCCGUCCUGAAGAGCUGGGCGAGCCACGAGGACGUCCAGAAGGGCGCCAGCUCCAAGCUCUUCUGGCGCUCCCACGCCGGCCACGAGCACACCCUGGCCUACUCGGCCAUCUGGCGACAGGUCACCUCGCUCGCCGAGAAUGCCUCGCCCACCGUCCGCGCCGACGCUGGCGACUCGUUCAAGUCCAGCGUCUCCCACACCUGGUCCAUCGACAGGCGCGACUACCCCCUGCUCCCCUCCAGCGGCUAUCUGAUCAAGUCCGUCUCUGAGCUCGCUGGCUUCUCUGUCCUCGGCGGCGACGCAUCCUUCUUCAAGACCGAAGCCGACUCCCAGCUCGCCCUCCCCUUCGGCAACACGGGCAUCACCCUGACCGCCGGUCUGCGUGCUGGUCUGCUCUACCCGCUCGCCCAGCGCGGAAGCCCAGCCCCCCACGCCUCUCGCAUAAACGACCGCUUCCAGCUCGGCGGCCCCAACAGCGUGCGCGGUUUCCGCCUCGGUGGCCUGGGUCCCCACGACGGCCCCGACGCUGUCGGCGGUGACGUCUUCGCUGCCGGUGGCGCCUCUCUGCUGUUCCCCGUCCCGCGCGUCGGCAAGGAAACACCGCUGCGUCUGCAGGCCUUUGUCAACGGCGGCCGCCUUCUCGCCCUCCAAAGCGCCAAGAGCGAGGACGGAAGCUUCGCCGGCGACGCCAGAGAGAGCCUGAAGAAGACGCUUCGCGACCUGAAGGAAGAGCUGCCCAGUGCAGCGGCUGGUGUCGGGCUUGUGUACGCGCAUCCCAUGGCUCGGUUCGAAGUCAACUUCUCCCUGCCCCUGGUCAUGCGCAAGGAAGAGCAGGGGCGGAAGGGCUUGAGCUUUGGCGUGGGCAUUGAGUUCUUGUAA